AUGGUGACAGAGGAAGGCUGUGGUUAUGUGUCUUCAUCUCUGAGUUCAAACCCCUCUCACCUGAGAGAGCUGGAUAUGAGCUACAAUCACCCAGGAGUUUCAGGUGUACAGCUGCUCUCUGGCAAACUGAAGGAUCCAAACUGCUCACUGCAGAUACUCAACAUGGAUCAUGGGGGGAAGUCCAGAGUUACAGCAGGUCUACACAAAUAUGCCUGUGAUCUCACACUGGAUCCAAACACCAUAGAUACUCAUCUCAUUCUGUCUGAGAAGAACAAAAAAGUUACAUAUAUGAAAGAAAAACAGUCAUAUCUUGAUCAUCCAGAGAGAUUUGAUGGCUUUGAACAAGUUCUGUGUGGAGAGAGUCUGACUGGACGCUGUUACUGGGAGGCUGAAUGGAGCGGCUGGGUUGAUAUAGCAGUGACUCAUAAAGGAAUCUGCAGAAAAGGUGGUAGCAACUGUUGGUUUGGAUACAAUGAUAAAUCCUGGACUCUGUACUGCAUUAAUAAUAGAUAUACUGUCUGUCACAACAAUAAGAGCACUGAUAUAUCUGCACCUUUAUACUCUAAAAGAGUAGGAGUGUAUCUGGACGUGUCGGCCGGCACUCUGUCCUUCUACAUCAUCUCUGAAACACACACACUCACACUCUUACACACAUUCAACACCACAUUCACUGAACCCCUCUAUGCUGGAUUUGGGGUUUAUAAUGGUUCUUCAGUGUCUCUGUGUCAGAUUGAACAACAGGCACACACAACUGACUGAAAGAAACUUAAUUUUCUGUUAGUGUGUGAGGGGUCAAUCUCAUGUUGGUUUUCCAACUUAAGAGUUUUUAAUUUAGUUCAGUUCAUUAUUUUAUCCUGUAAAAACCCCUGAGUCUCUAUUUAUCUAACAAUAUCACAAAGCAUAAUGUAUAUU